AUGGCUCACGAAAAAGCUGGCAAAGAGGAAAAACACUCAAGUACACAAAAGAAUACCGAUCUGAACUUGUAUGAGCAAUCACAGCAGCCAUCGCAGCCACAGCAACCAUUCAUUCGCCAUCAAUCCAUCCCUAACUUUUCACAACUCCAGUAUCCUCAGCAGUGGCAAUAUCAAACGUACCAACCGUCCCCAGCAUUUAAUCCGGGCCAUGGCCAGCCAACUCAUAUGUAUGAAUCAAGCAGCAGCCAUCAAAGUUCUCAGUUAGAGAAUCUACCUGGCGGUGCAAUCGGUGGCAGACCUCAGAUUACUCCUCUGCCUCCUCAUUCCCUACCUUUACAACAACAACACCCACAGCCAAUUGUUCCAGGGCAAGCCUUUGGGGUCCCUAUGUAUCAGCAGUUUCCUCAGAAUUAUGUCACCCAGGACACUUUACAGCCGAAGUCAUCUCUAUCGCUGAUGGUGAACCCUCCCGCAGCAACCAAGUCGAAACAAGAUCCUAGGGCCAAAGUCGCCUGCAUCAGAUGUAAGAAAAGAAAAACAAAGUGUACAGGGGGAAAUCCUUGCAAGUUGUGCUCUAUUAGUAAAGUCAAAUGUGUUUACCAAACUCCGGGUAAAAGGAUUUCCAUUCUUGAAAGUCAUUUUAGAAGUUUGCAAGAUCGCAUCAAAUUCUUGGAAAAUGAACUCCACAUUGCCAAGGAUCAAAGAUCAGAUCCUUCCAGAUUUAAAGCCAUCGACCGUGCGCUUGAUUCUUUUACCAACGAGAGACUUUAUUCCAUGAUAGGCAGUCUACACUUCAUGUUUAAAGAGUUUGUUCUGAGCACAGAUAUCAGUACUUUAUUUGAGGCUGUCGACAACAAUGUGAACGCGUUUCAACCAAAUGAAGGUACCGAAGAAAAAAAAGAUAAUGAACUGUUUUUUAAAUCCGUACUGUUGUGUAUCGUGGCAAUAUCUCUGAUUAGGGAUGCAAAACUCUCACAGCACGUUUCAAAUUCAACUAUUAUCAACCUCUCACAUGAAGUAGUGUAUGAAAACCCAGAGAAACUGCCCGGAUUUGUCUACAUUCGGGAUGCACUCUCCAUAGUUCCUCUUAUGUGCAUUUCUUCAGAGCAGUCUCAAGUGGUGGAGUUGCUGACUUUGAUCUCCUAUUACUUCUUAUGCUCUGGUCACAAUGAAAUUGCCUACAAAUACAGCGCAUUAGGUGAUAAAAUCUGCACUGUUGCAAAAUUGUACAUCAAUAAAGAUGCCAAUCAAUAUCGCCGUAAAGUGUUCUGGAAUUGCUAUUCUUUCACAAGAUUGUUGACUAUCACUCACUUGUAUGAAUUGAAACCAAAUUUAACUCAAAGUUUUAGGUUCAGUGAGAUUGAUAUCCCGCAACCGAUGUUGAGCAAUUCUAAUUCUUUGGAAGUCAGCUCAUCUACCAUCAGCACCAUGUUUCGACAUCGAGCGGAUUUGGCUAACAUCAGUGAACAAUUGAUCAAUCUUUUCAGUAGAAACCCUCCACAGCUUUCAACGUCCUCCAAAGAAUGGAUGUUGAAUGGGUAUGUGCGGGAGUUCAUCUUCGAAGCCCUCCUGGAACAAGUUCCAUUCUUACUGGACUGGACUCAGGACUUUCAAAUCACGAGCUUCCCUGCAUUUGCGACUACAGGGCAACACUAUUGUGUUAUGAUACUAGUUCACUUCUUUGGGCCUCUGCUUAUUUUUGGUGUUGGUUCACUCAUCAAAAAAAGUGUGUGGCCCAACAUCGAAAGCAUACUAAUAUUGAGUCUCAGACUUUACCCCGUCUUGCAGGAUGACUCCUCUUCCAUGCUUAGAUGUCAUGAUUUUUUCAAGUUUAUGAUUGUCAUUAUCGUGAGGACAUUGCAACUGCAUCAAUAUGGAUACAUAAAUCUUCAGAAACAACUUCACCUAGAGAACUACUUGCUCAUAAAUCUCAAUCAAUUGAGGGAGUACGACGCAAGCAGUUUCGCCAAAACAUUAGACCAACUGAACCUGUUCAGCAGCAGGCAAAAACUCUCCUUUGUAGAUCGCUUGCCCAAGCCUAAGAACAAGAAGUAUCCACUGAGAAUGGAUUAUAUGGACCCGAGCUCCAUGGAGAAUUCCAUUGAAAGUCUUUUUGUCGGAGACAAAGAUCAGUGUCUUUACAAGCUAAGGCAGAGCAAGCCAGAGUUCCUCUCCUGCUAUACGAAUGAAUGGUUCGAUACUGAUAGAAUUUGGGCCCACCUUGUCACAGAGGAACAACUAACACCCCACCAGAGCUAG